ACACACACACACACAUCCAACACGCAGGGUUUCUAGAGAGAGAAACAACACCUCACCACAGCUUUUUCCACAUCCCCUAUGCUCUAAUCUUUGCCGCAUUUCAUCCCCAUUGAUUCUUUGCUAAGGCUGAUCUAUCGAUUCAGAUUUGAAUGACGUCUACUUUAUCGAAAUUUUUCGAUAAAGUUUAUACCAUGGCAGAAGGGGGAUCUCGUUAUUGCUCUAAAAAAUCCGAUGAUAUCUGUGGUGAUAUUUGCGAUGAGGACUCGGGGAAGUCUUCAACCAUGGCAAGAUUACGGUGCAUUCUUCGGGGACUGGAGUUGAAAACCAUCGUCUUUCUUUUUGUAAUGGUCCCGACCGUCAUCCUUGGGUUGUAUGUUCAUGGACAGAAAGUCUCUUACUUUUUGCGGCCAUUGUGGGAGUCACCACCGAAACCUUUCCAUGAAAUUCCACAUUAUUAUCAUGAAAAUGUGUCGAUGGAGAAUCUCUGUAAGCUUCAUGGUUGGGGAACACGUGAGUUCCCAAGGCGCGUGUUUGAUGCAGUGCUGUUCAGUAAUGAAGUGGACCUUCUAACGAUAAGAUGGCAUGAGUUAUACCCUUAUGUUACCGAGUUUGUACUCCUUGAGUCAAACUCAACGUUUACCGGCUUGCCUAAACCCCUGGUCUUUGCCAGCCACCAAGAUCAGUUCAAAUUCGUCGAGCCAAGAUUAACGUAUGGACAAAUUCCCGGGAGAUUUCGUAAAGGAGAAAACCCUUUUGUCGAAGAGGCUUAUCAGAGACUUGCAUUGGAUUAUCUUUUAAAGAAAGCAGGGAUUCAAGAUGACGAUUUGUUGAUCAUGUCGGAUGUUGAUGAGAUUCCAAGUAGGCACACCAUCAAUCUUUUAAGAUGGUGUGAUGAUAUACCUCCAAUUCUUCAUCUUCGGCUAAAGAAUUACUUGUAUUCUUUCGAGUUUCUUUUGGAUAACAAUAGUUGGAGGGCAUCGGUUCAUAGAUAUCAGUCAGGGAAGACAACUUAUGCUCAUUAUCGCCAAUCUGACACAAUCUUAGCAGAUGCGGGAUGGCAUUGUAGCUUUUGUUUUCGCCACAUUAGUGAGUUCAUUUUCAAGAUGAAAGCUUACAGCCAUGUUGAUAGAGUGAGGUUCAACAAAUUCUUGAACCCUACCAGAGUUCAGAAAGUAAUAUGCAAAGGAGCUGAUCUCUUCGAUAUGCUGCCAGAGGAGUACACAUUUAAAGAAAUCAUCGGCAAAAUGGGACCCAUACCGCAUUCCUAUUCGGCUGUUCACCUACCUGCACAUCUUAUAGAGAACGCGGACAAAUACAGAUUUCUCUUACCUGGGAAUUGCAUAAGAGAAAGUGGGUGACCGGGAAAACGUUUUGUUUCUGUGUAAAGGUUGGAGCUUUGAAGUCGAAAGAUGCAUCUCGCGAACAAUAGUCGACUCUGGUAUGUUUUCUGGCUAUUGUUUUAGAUAUCUGGAUCCAUAGGUGGAUGGAUUUCUGGGGUGAUAGUGUAAAUAGUCUUUCUUUCUUUCUUUCUUUCUUUUUUGGGUUGUUGGUAGAGUUGGCUUUCUUUCAGAAUCUUGGCAUACUGAUUUGCUGCUGAGUAGGGGGGGAAGGAAGCUGUGGUUUAAUGGAGAUGUGAUUCUUGGGGUUGCCUGCUUAUUACUGGGCAUCGCCAUGGCAGGCAACUUGAGAUUCUUUUACCUUGCUUCCCUCCCGGGAAAGAUAAUCGGCUUCGCUUUAUAUUAGGAAAUUUUGAGUCUGAGACUAAUCUGUUAUAAAUAAAUUAUUCAAAAUUCUGUUUAUUUAUUUUUUUAUCUUUGUAUCUCACUGGGUUCUUGAUCUUAAGAUUUCUGAGGUUCAAACGAUUAUUCA